UCCUACAUGUUUCGAGUAAGAGGAAUUGCAGGCAAAUGUUUGAAAGUCGGUAAGGUGAAAACUAACAUAAAUGCAGUUUGUUUCACGGAACUUGCAGUUUCUUUGUAAGAGGGUCGUCACACAAAGUCUAUGUAAGCAUAUUUCAGUUUACAAACAGUUAUUUCGAAGAUUUAGUGUCACUGUAAGGUUAGCCGACAUCAGCAAGUGGGGUACAAGAAAAAAAGAUCGGGUAGUGAAAAUACAAAUUAUACAAGAUAUGUCAGAUCCAAAAAUUGAAGAAAUCUUAUCUCCUCUUCGGGAGAGUGUGAAGGAACAAGGUGAUUAUGUUCGAGAACUUAAAUCUAAUGGAGCUCCAGAAUUGGACAUCAAGAAAGCAGUUGCUGAACUCAAAGUUCGAAAGAAGUUGUUGGAGGAAAAAGAAUUGUCUUUGUCAAAGACGACAAUAUUUGACAAAGCAAGAAUGGAAGAUCUUUUGAAACGCAGAUUUUUCUUUGAUCAAUCCUUUGCUAUUUAUGGAGGAAUCAGUGGUCAAUUUGAUCUUGGCCCUAUGGGUUGUGCAUUAAAAACAAAUUUGUUAAAUACAUGGAGAAGUUUUUUUAUAUUAGAGGAACAGAUGUUAGAAGUAGAUUGUUCUGUCUUAACACCAGAACCUGUACUUCAGGCAUCUGGACAUGUAGAAAGGUUUGCAGACUUAAUGGUAAAAGAUGUGAAAACUGGAGAAUGUUUCAGAUUAGAUCAUCUGAUUAAAUCACAUUUAGAAAAAGUGAUUAGCGAUAAAAAAAGUAAUGAGCACAUAUGCAUAGAAUGUAAUGAUAUUAUUUCAAAAUUAGAUGGAUUGACUAAGGAUGAAAUGGCUACAAUUAUGUCUAAAUUCAAUAUGAAAUCCCCCAUUACUGGGAACGAUCUAACAGAACCAAUAGAAUUUAAUUUAAUGUUUGGAGUUCAAAUUGGUCCUUCUGGACUUGUGAAAGGAUUUCUAAGACCAGAAACUGCUCAAGGUAUCUUUGUAAAUUUUAAACGAUUACUUGCAUUUAACCAGGAGAAGUUACCAUUUGCUGCAGCUCAAAUUGGAAAUGCAUUCCGUAAUGAAAUUUCCCCAAGAUCUGGCUUAAUAAGAGUAAGAGAGUUCACUAUGGCAGAAAUAGAACAUUUUUGUGAUCCUAAUGAGAAAAAUCAUCAUAAAUUUGAAACUGUUAGAGAUUUAAGUUUGCUAUUAUAUUCUGCUUGUCAUCAAAUGGAUGGCAAGAGUGCAGAGUACAUAACUUUAGGUGAUGCUGUAUUAACUAAACUUAUAGCUAAUGAAACAUUAGGAUAUUUUAUGGGUCGAAUUUAUUUAUUCUUAGUUAAAGUUGGAAUUGAUCCAAAACGUUUACGUUUCCGUCAACACAUGGGAAAUGAAAUGGCUCAUUAUGCUUGUGAUUGUUGGGAUGCUGAAUGUUUAACCUCUUAUGGUUGGAUAGAGUGUGUUGGUUGUGCAGAUCGUUCUGCUUAUGAUCUUACACAACAUACAAAGGCUACUGGAGUAAAAUUAGUAGCAGAGAAAAAAUUGCAAACACCAAAAAAUGUUGAUGUAUGCAAAAUAGUACCAAAUAAAAUUAUUGGACAAACAUUCAAAAAAUAUACUAAAUUAGUUCAAGAUGCUUUAGCAGCAUUAAGUGAGAGUAAUAUUAAUGCUAUGGAAACUGAAAUUAAUGAAAAUGGGGAAGCUAAAUUAAAUCUUUCAAAUGGUGCUGCAGUAAUAAUUACAAAAGAUAUGAUUGAAGUAAAACGAUAUCAAAAAUCUGUACACGUAGAAGAAAUAAUUCCUUCCGUAAUCGAACCAUCUUUUGGUAUUGGUCGUAUUAUGUAUGCUCUUUUUGAACAUAAUUUUAAAGAGAGAGAAGGAGACAAGAAACGAACUUAUUUCAGUUUGCCACCUGUUGUGGCUCCUUUAAAAUGUUCAGUGUUACCACUUAGUGCUAAUAAUGAAUUUGUUCCAUUUAUAAAACAAUUAUCUCAGAAUCUCACUAAACUAGAUAUAUCGCAUAAAAUUGACGAUUCUUCUGGUAGUAUUGGACGUAGGUACGCACGGACAGAUGAAAUUGCGAUACCAUUUGGUAUCACCAUAGAUUUUGAUACAUUGAAAACAAAUAGUGUUACACUUCGUGAACGAGACAGUAUGGGACAAGUUAGAAUAAAUUUGGAUGAGAUAUCAGAUGUAAUAAGAGAUUUAUCCAAUGGCAAGCUUACAUGGUUGGAAGUUGAAGAAAAAUAUCCAAAAUUUGUACAGCAAGAAACAACAGAAGCAUAA